AUGAUGGCAACAAAACCUUCAUAUGUUCCUAUUCUGCAUCUAAUAUGUCUUCUUUGUGGUACUGGUCUUUGUUUGCCAACUACAAAGACAUUAGAGCUUGAUGUAGAUGGUGGACGGAAUCUUGACAUUUUUGACAUCAAUGAAGAGGCCGGUAUGAAUCUUGUGGAGGGGGACAUUGUGCUUGAUGAGAGGCAAACCCGAAAUUCCAUUAUAGGGGAAGAGUACAGAUGGCCCAAAACAAUCCCAUACUACAUGGAAGAUGACUUGGAGAUCAAUGCAAAAGGUGUGAUUCUGAAGGCCUUUGAGCAGUACCGUCUCAAGUCCUGCAUCGACUUUAAGCCAUGGAGUGGGGAAGAAAACUACAUUUCUAUCUUUAAAGGGAGCGGCUGUUUCUCCUCUGUUGGAAAUCGGCGAGUUGGGAAGCAGAGACUGUCAAUAGGAGCAAACUGCGAUCGCAUCGCCACUAUUGAGCACGAGUUUCUUCACGCUCUGGGUUUCUGGCAUGAGCAAUCCAGAUCAGACCGUGAUGAUUAUGUCCAAAUCAUGUGGGACCGCAUCUCAGAAGGUAAAGGGCACAACUUUAACACCUAUGAUGACACCACCUCCAGCUCUUUGGGCGUGCCUUACGACUACGGCUCCAUGAUGCACUACAGUAAAAACGCCUUCCGUAACGGCACUGAGCCCACCAUAGUCACAAACAUCCCUGCUUUCAGUGACGUCAUCGGCCAGAGGAUGGAGUUCAGUGAGAGUGAUUUGCUAAAGCUUAAUCGCCUCUAUAAUUGCGCUCAGGGCUCCACCUUCCUGGACUCUUGUGACUUCGAACGUGAGAACAUUUGUGGGAUGAUCCAGGGACAGGGAGACAAUGCCGACUGGGUCAGGGUUUCCAGAGCUGCUGGGGGGCCUGACACAGACUACUCCAAUAUGGGCAAAUGCACCGGCUCAGGUUACUUCAUGCAUUUCAGCACUGGCACGGCCAACAAUGGAGACGCAGCAGUGCUGGAGAGCAGGCUCCUCUACCCCAAAAGAGGGUAUCAGUGCCUGGAGUUCUUCUACUACAACAGCGCUGGGCCCAGCGACGCGCUGAAGAUCUAUGUCAGAGAGUACGACAAUGCCAACCCCAAUGGAACUCUACGCUUUAUAAAGACUAUUGAUGGAUCCCCUCAGGAGCUGUGGCAGCUGCACCAUGUGAGUCUAGAUGUCAAAACAAAGUUCCGAGUGGUCUUUCAAGGGUCCAAGGAGGGCUCUGGGCCUUCAGCAGGGGGCCUGUCGCUGGACGAUAUCAACCUUUCUGAGACGACAUGUCCCGAGUUUAUAUGGAGAGUGAAAAACUUCAGUCACGUCAUGGACAACACCCCAACAAACAUGUCUAUCUUUAGCCCUCCUUUCACAUCUAAGGAGGGCUAUACCUUCCAAAUGGAGCUGUACCCUAAUGGUAGAGCCGGCUAUUCCGAUGAGCUGUCAGCUUAUGCUCGUCUGGUCGCCCGUGAAGGAGACGCCGGACAGAAAUGGCCGUGCCCUUGGAAGCAAAUGACCAUGAUGCUAAUGGACCAGCACCCUCACAUCCAAAAGCGCAUGUCCAAUCAGCGCAGCGUCACCGCUGACCCCACCAUGAAGGCAACAGACUCUGACAUUUUUUUCUGGGAUGAUCCUCGCAAGAUUGGGGUUGAAGUCACAGAUACUGAUGGAUCUAAAUAUUUCCGUGGACCACCAGCUGGUACUGCAGUGUAUCUUUCCCACCUGAGAGCCAAAAGCAGGGAUUUCAUCAAGGGAGGAGAUGCUAUCUUUCUCCUCACCAUGGAGGAUGUGUCCCAUUUGACGGCAAGCCAACCUCUGCCUUCCACAACCGCACAACCAACAACCACAAACCUCACCGAUCCCUGCCUCAACGUGCACUGCCAGAAUGGGGGCAUCUGUAUUGGGGAAAAUGGAGAAGCUGCUUGCAGGUGUGUGGUGGGUGAUGACUGGUGGUACUAUGGAAACAGCUGUCAGCACAAGGGAUCUGUCAAGGAUAAAACCAUUCUUGCGCUUGCCUCCUCUCUGUCUGUACUUGGGGUAAUGUUGAUUAUUACAGUAGUCAGUGUAAUCUGUGUGAAGAAAAAGUAUAAGAAGCCAGUACAUGAUAACAGUGUCGUCAUGGGAAAUGCGCAUACUAACAAUCCCUCAUAA